AUGGAAGAAGAGAACCGCGUGUUUAUAAUAGUGGAUUUUCAUCACCCAAACUCUUUUGCCUGCAGCAUUUGUGACAUCUACACCAAUUUCGCUCUUUCGAUCGCCCUCUACCUAUUGAUUGAGGGAGAUAGUGCACCCCUUUACCGGGGUCUCAUUGAAUCGGGUCUGGGCCUAGACUGGACUCCCCCAAUCCACGGUAUGGAUCGUGGUAUCCGGACCACCUGCUUCCACGUUGGCUUACAGGGCGUUCAACCCGGCGCAGAUAUUGAACGCGUGGAGGCUGAGGUGAUGGAAAUACUUGCGCAGACAGUGAAAACGGGCUUUCCUAAGGAACGAGUGGAGGCAGUGCUACAUCGACAAGAGAUUGCGCUCCGAGAGGACAAUGCAAGGUUUGGUUUACAAGUGAUUCUAGGCCUGGCAGGAAUUGUCAAUCACGGUGGUGAUGUACAGACAGCUCUUUCGAUUCAAAAAAUGGUCGAUCGGUUUAAGUUAGAGCUGGCAGCAGACCCAGAGAUGCUGCAGAAAUUAAUUAAGAGGUACCUAUUGCAAAAUCCACAUCGUCUAUGUGUGAGUAUGCUUCCUGAUGCUGAGUUUGAAGCAAAGCAGAAAGUGAAGGAGGCUCAGAGACUUGAAAAAGUCAUUUGUGGAAUGUCUGUGGAGAAAAAAGAAAAGGCACUUAAAGAUGGUUAG